AUGUCACUUAUUCAACAGCCGCAGCAAGCUCGCGCAAACGAGCAGGAAGAAACAACUAUUAUCUCUGUUCCAGAUAUUCGCCAGCGUGUAGGGAGAGCGGGAACUGUUCGUGGAGUCUUCCGUCUGAAUGGUAAAAGCUCCUUCUCUCGUGGCGUUCAUCUCAUCCUGAUAGAUGCCUGCUCACUCGUGGACUUUCGAACGGCUUCGUCGACGCUGAGCACGCUUACGCACGCUUCGCAGCAACGAUUUACAUUCCGGGUGACGGUUUGGAGCAGAAACCUUGACGAUGCGCGUUUCGUGGUUGGAAAUCUCCUGCAACUGCGCGCGAUUGAGAAAGUGGAUCUCUGGAACGGGGUUCUGUGCGGGUCCUGCCACUGCGAAGACAUCGAUGUGAUCGACGAUACUCAUCUUAUCGGACUUGGUAUGCAGGAGAACGCUGUUGCUCCAUAG